UCUAGGCUUCCAUAUCGUUGUCUCAAUUUCCAUGCUGAACAUGAUAGGAAUAUUAGUAAUUGUCUUAGUACAGGCACAUCUUACUCAGUGUGCAGCUGACACACACAUCACUGUUGAUACCAAGCAGGGCCGAGUGAAAGGCUACCAUAUCAGUUCCAAGAGCGGGUAUUCUCUUCAGGUGUUUCUUGGUAUUCCAUACGCCGAACCUCCUGUCGGAGAUCUACGCUUCGCGAGACCGAUUCCAGCUGGUUCAUGGCAUGGGAUCCACGAUGCUACAUUCUACAGACCAAUCUGCCCACAAAGACUAUCAUUGAUUCAAACUUUCAGUUUCGGGCCCGUCUUCAACAACACAAAUGAAGAUUGUUUGUAUCUAAAUGUCUUCGCACCGAUGAAUGGCUCCAAGUUACCCGUGAUGGUAUGGAUUCAUGGCGGGGCGUACAAAUGGGGUUCGGCGUCGGAGUAUGACGGUAGAAUGUUGGCAUCAAGAGGAAUUGUUCUCGUGACUAUCGACUACAGACUAGGCGUCCUUGGUUUUCUGUCUACGGGGGAUGAUGCGGCUCCGGGCAACUUCGGCCACCUGGAUCAGCUACUGGCCCUCCAGUGGGUCAAGGACAAUAUUGGUCAGUUUGGAGGCAACCCUGACAAGGUUACCAUAUUUGGGCAAAGCUCAGGAGGAGCAGGUGUCUCUUCCCAUAUGUUUUCUCCACUGGCUAAAGGUUUAUUUCGAGGUGUCAUCUCACAGAGCGGCAUAAGCGUUAGUCCUUUUGCGUUCUAUCGACCUCCUUACAAGGCAAGCGACACUGCCCGCAAUCUUGGAAAGAUUGUUGGAUGCAACUCCUCGUCAUCGCAUGCCCUUGUUGCCUGCCUAAGAGGAAAGUCUACGGACGACCUCGUGAAUGCUAGACCGCAGGGUGCACCGAUGACUUCUACCUAUGUUCCGGUAGUUGAUGGCUAUUAUAUGCUGGAUUUCCCAGAGAACUUAUUGGAACAGGGUCGCGUCCUUGACCUUCCGUUGAUGACUGGUACGGUUUUAAAUGAAGGCGCUGAUAUGAUUGAGUAUAUUGGUGGCGUGGAAAAGGGUGUCAGUUCUCAAACUGCACAACAAGAAAUUCAUUCUUGGAGCCAAAGAUAUCACAACCAAACAGAUAUUGUCUACAAGACGAUCGCAUGUCAUUAUGACUUCCGUAGCGCUAAUCCUCUGGUCAACAGACAGAAUCUUAUAGCGUUCUGGUCCGACUACGACUACGUUGCACCUAAUAUCAGGAUGGUUGACGCGUAUCACAAGAUACAACCAAGUACCUACAUGUACAGCUUCGAAUACAGAUCGGUCAACCAGCCAGACCCACAGUGGGAAGGGGUACUUCACGCAACAGACCUUCACUAUGUAUUUGGGUGCCCCUUCCCUGACACCAUGCCGUGCCCAUGGAGGGGCUGUAAUGUGACAUGGUGCUCUGGCUGGGGAGUAUCACAUCUGGACAAGACGAUCAGCUAUGAAAUGAUGACAUUAUGGACAAACUUUGCUAAGACGCUUGACCCUAACACUGGAGUGAAAACAAGGGUUCAGUGGCCGCGCUAUUCAGUAUCCGCACACAGACCAUACCUUCAGAUCAGAGACACUCCAAAUGUCCAGCACAGUCUCAGACCAUCAGCAGCCAACCUCUGGAAUCGAUACUUACCAAACCUACUUGCAGGAAAGACAGGGAGUGACAAAUGUCAUGGUGGAGUCAUAAUUGGUUGAAAAACAAUCACUGGUUCAGAAGCUCACCUUUAUUCAUAAAACAUUUUAAAGGGUGAGGAUGUGUUAAAAUAGCAAUUUUCUAUAUAAA